AUGUCACCGUCACUUGAUGAACAGGCUAUGAACCAGCUACAGUCUGAACAGUCAGAACUGCUAGAUAAGAUUGACGAGCUGCGCGCUAUUGGGGUUGGAGGCCUUGUGGAGCUGCCUCAGAUCAUCGUCUGUGGUAAUCAGUCUAGUGGGAAAAGCUCCGUGCUAGAGGCAAUCUCCAGAGUACGGUUUCCUUCCAAGAGCAAUAUCUGCACUCGGUUUGCGACCGAAAUUGUUCUUCGCCGAAGCCCCCACGAAAAGAUCAAAGUAUCCAUUGAGCCUGGGGAUUCUAGGAAGGAUGAGCAGGAACAACAGAACCUCCGAUCAUUCACCUCCGAGUCCUUUUCCUCCAGUGAAGACCUUCCCACGUUGAUUGAAAACGCGAAGGAAUGCAUGGGACUUUCCAGCACCGAUCCUUCCAGCACGGGAUUUAGUGACGAUGUGCUUAAAGUCGAAAUCUCAGGCCCUGAAAAGCCAGAGCUGACUCUGGUCGACCUUCCGGGACUCUACUACUCCAGUAGCAGCGAACAAAACGCGCAAGGAAUGGAGAUCGUUCAAGGGCUGACGGAAAAGUACAUGAAGAGCUCUCGGAGCAUCAUUCUGGCUGUCAUCAGUGCAAGGGCUGAUUACCAUAUCCAAAAGGUCUUGAACAUCGCUCAGUCUUUUGAUCCCAAGUAUGAGAGGGUCUUGGGUAUUGUCACGCAGCCUGAUAUCCCCGAAGCGGGCUCAGACGAACAAGAAACUUAUGUCCAGUUCAUCAAGAAUGAAAAGGUGAAGCUGCAACUUGGCUGGCAUGUAUUGCGCAACCGCUCGUUUGAGACGCGCAACAUUUCCGAUGAUGCCCGAGAUGCCCAAGAAAAGGAAUUCUUUGAAAGGGGGCGAUGGGCUUCCCUCCCUCGAGAUCAGGUUGGGAUUGAAAGUCUGAGGCAUCGUCUCAGCAAGAUCCUACUUAGCCAUGUCCGUCGCAAUCUUCCUGGCCUUAUUGCGGAUAUACAAGAAAGGAUCUCUCGUAAUGAGCAGGCACUGGCAAAAAUGGGCGCGCCGCGCACAACUCUUCAGGAGCAACGUCAUUUUCUUGUCGACAUUAGCAGCGGAUUUGCACGAAUCACAAACCAGGCGUUGAAUGGAUCGUACGUCGAUGAGUUUUUCGGUGGAUUCAAAGACCAUACGGCAACCACGGAAGAAGCCCCUUUCCGCCGACUGCGGGCAAUAAUCCGUGAGCUCAAUGAGUGCUUUGCUGAAGCGAUGAGCAUUCGCGGGAAUCGGCGAAUCAUUCAAUUCCUUGGCCAACCAUCGACUGUCAAGGACAUCGAGCAAGAGAGAUCCAAGCCUUACAUGGAUGGUUGGACACCGCUGUACAUCACCCAGGAGUCUCUUGUGGAAGAGAUUAAAGAACAGGCCCGGCAAAGUCGAGGAAUCGAGCUACCAGGUAGUGCAAACCAGCUGCUUGUAGGGAGUUUGUUCCGGGAUCAGUCUGAGCCCUGGGAAGCAAUUGCUAAGUCCCAUCUGCUAAAUUCCUGGGAUUCAGUUGAGUACUUUAUCCAGUUGGUACUGAAGAACCUCACGGACGAUCACACCCGCCUCUUGCUCAUGCGACACCUCAUCGGUCCGAAAAUGGAGAAGAUGAAGGAGUCUUUGCUAGAAAAGCUCAGCGAAUUGACUUCGUACUACAAAAGGGGCCAUCCGCUGCCCGUGGGAACAUCAUUUCUCUCCAAGAUCCAAGAAUCCAGAAAGAAUCGGCAGAUUGCUACGUUAAAAACAAGCCUUCAGCCUGUAUCUUACCCUUCAACGGGAGAGGAUACUCGAAACACUUUUGAUGUCCGAGAUCUGGAGCGAGCAGCAUCUCAACUACAGUUAUCCAGCGAUCAGUUUGCAGCAGCAGAGAUUAUUGAUCAAAUGCAGGCCUACUACGAGACUGCGAUCGUAACAUUUGUCGAUAAUAUUGCCAUCUUGGCGAUCGAAAAUUGCCUUCUUUGUCCUCUGGAGCAUAUACUCACCGGCAAGACUGUGUUGAGCAUGGAUGACCAGCAGAUUCGAGAAAUCGCAGCAGAGCCAUCGAACAUCCAGAAGGAUCGGGAACGUCUAAAUGCAGAGCUCGAAAAGCUACGAAAGGCAAGACAGACUCUCAAUGCCUUUAGUACAGCGGACUCCUCGCUACGUGCUCGUCCUAUCUUGGCAGGGCUAGCAACCACCCGAACCCAGACUCCAAGUCCUGCAGAGACAUCUCGGAUAGCUCAGGCGGCGCCCAGUACUCCUCAGCCUAGUCUAUUCCCGCUUGGUCUGCCCCGGCAACUUCCAACCGCUAGCACUGGGUCCACCGCGCCUGCUUUGUCGAUCUUUUCUUCAGAUUCAAGUAAAAGAGGCUUUGGCACAUCAUCUUCCGGCCUGGGCACAGGAAAUGGCGGGUUUGGGGCUAAUAAUACUGCCACUGCCACAUCCAAUCCGUCGAGUUCGGCAUUCGGUACAAAACAGUCUGUAUCUGGUUUAGCGGUUAAUGGGGCGUUCAGUUCGAACAGUCAAGGCUUUGGUUCGAACAGUCAAGGCUUUGGUUCGAACAGUCAAGGCUUUGGUUCGAAUAAUACAGGCUUUGGCUCGUCGCCCAUUCCAUUUGAAAGUUCGACCAACUCACCUUCCCGGAGGAAGAAAGCUCACUAUGACGCGACAAAAAUUCCAGAUACGCAGGGAUACAAACCAUUGAGCUCCGACUGGGGGAUUACGCGCGAAGAAACCUAUAUGCCCCGACCCCGUCCCCCGGCCCAGCAAGGCUACGCUAGCUUGAAAUAA